AUGGAGCGUUCGCUUGAACAGCGAUACGCCAUCAAGUUUUGCGUGCGGCUUGAAAAGAAUGCAACCAAAACAUUCCAGAUGCUUCAAAAGGCCUUCAAGGACGACUGCAUUUCAAGGUCACAGUCCGGGAAGUGGCACAAGGCGUUCAAGCAGGGCCGGGAGGAGGUCGCCGACGAAUCCUGUUCUGGACGCCCAACAACGGCCAAAACCGACGAAAACGUGAAUCGUGUGUGCGAAAUUUUGCGUUCCGACCGUCGAUUGAGCAUCCAGCACAUCGCUGACACCCUAAACAUGUCCACAUUUGUAGUACAUGGGAUAGUGACCGAGAAUCUGCAAAUGCGCAAGGUCUGCGCGAAGCUUGUGCCGAAAGUGUUGACGGAAGACCAAAAAGAACUUCGAGUUUCGCACUGUCAAGAAUUGUUGGAUUUGAUUCAAAAUGAGCCGGACUUUCUUAACUCUGUUUUAACCGGAGACGAAUCUUGGAUGUUCGAGUACGACCCAGAAUCGAAAAGGCAGAGCAGCGAGUGGCACACAAAAUCAUCCCCCCGCCCCAAGAAAGCGCGAAUGAGCAAGUCUCGCAUCAAAACGAUGCUCAUUGUCUUUUUUGACGUCCGAGGAAUCGUCCAUUUUGAGUUUGUACCGCAGGGAGAAACUGUCAACUCAGCCUUGUACCUGGAGGUGCUCAAGAGAUUGAAACGCCGGGUCGCGCGCGUGAGGGCUGACAUCAAAGACACGGUCAAGCUCCACCAUGACAAUGCCCCCAGCCACACGGCCUUCAUCGUUGCCAACUUCCUGGCCCGGAGCAACACCCCGGUGGUCCCCCAGCCCCCUUACAGUCCCGACUUGGCUCCGUGCGACUUUUUUUUGUUUCCCCGACUGAAGAGAGAGCUGAAAGGAAAGCAUUGGGAGUCCGUGGAAAACAUCCAAAAGCAUGUUACAACGUUCCUAAAAGACAUUCCCGUCGAGGAGUUUCAGCGUGCCUUCCAGGCGUGGCAGACACGUCUCCGCAAGUGUAUUGAUGCAGAGGGAGAGUAUUUUGAAGAAUUUUGA